UGCUGUUGUCCCAGAUUAUAAUUAGAAUUUUUCAGAUUGUUUUUAAUGAUUCAACGAUAUAGAUUUUAAUGAGUGGUGUAGUCACAGUACUAAAUUAUUUCAGUAACGGAAAUCAUCAGAGAAGGGCUAUAAUGUCAGCAGUAAGAUAUGACUUUAUUUAUCUCAGAGGGCAAUGAGUAAAAGCUCUGUAAGGAUGCAAACAUUGGAUCCACACAGCACAUCAACAAUCAAAAGUACCAUCACACAUUCAUACCUGCCACACAAAACAAGAUCCCCUACAAUCAAACUUCAGACCUGCAAAUGGUCACAAUUCAUUUAUGCACAAUUGCAUAGUGGAAACAACAAAGAACAGCCUGGAUCUCUUGGUGCUGCAUGCGGUAAACACAGAAUCAACAGCCAGGUGGGAUCUGAUGGAACUGUCCUGAUAGGACACACUUAUCAUUAUAAAGAACUGCUGACACAUGGAAUAGUCUCCCUGUUACACAGAGUCUGAAGGACACUAUGGGUUAUCCCAAUAACUUUUGAGCAACUGCAUGCCACACAAUUCAAACUAUUCUUGUCCUUGAAUAGUAAAUUGUUGUAAUAUCAAAUGAAUAAGAUGACCAGCACAUUUUCCGUAUGGCAUAUUUAGAAUACCUGAAGAAAUCUUUGGAAGACUGAGAAAGACUUCAGUUUCUAGAGAGGGAAGUUAAACCUUUUUGACAAUAGCCUAAGUGUUGAUAUCUCAGCAAAGUCUUCUGUUGAACAUGGUGCCCAGAUUUGUAGAUGUGUUGACACUAUCCACCUGCUUGUGAUGGAUGACAUUAGACUUGGUGAAGAAUUCCAAAGGAAAUAAAAGCAAUCUCUUUGGUUUUACUAAGUUUCAAGAAAUUGUCACUGCACCAGGAAAUAAAUUCAUACAGGGCUGCUAAUUGGUGACUACUGUCCUUGGGGGAAAAUAUAAUUUACUGUGAAAAGUACAUUGAAAAUUUAACAUAGUUAAUUUUUCUUAGAGAACAGUUUGUAACUGAUAUAAAAAUGACAUAGCUGAUCUUCUGUUAAGAGCCAGAAAAGUCUUCUUAGAUCUUGUAAAAGAUGUAAAUGAUGACUAAGCAAAUUUGAUUGCCAGUCAUAAAAAUUGGACAACAGAGAUUGAUAUAGCAAAGGAAAGUUUUGGUCUAAAUGAGGGUAUUUCAUCAAUUAUUCAGUGCAUGCACAGUAUCCACUGAUCAGUGGUUAAAGCAGAAACUGGUGGGGAGGGGGAGUCAGUCAUUUACUGAGACAUAUGAUCGUAAAGAGAUAGUGUGAAAAAAAAUCACUGCUGUGUUAUAAAUUUCCACAACAAAAACAUGACACAUUACUAAAUGUAUUGAUAGUAAAUAUUCACUGAGCUGUUACAUAAUUAAUAUUGUUUUGGUACAGGAAUGAAUCGUAGUAGAAAGAAAUAUGCAGUGAUGGUUUGCCUAUUGCCUUUAAACUUCACUGUGAUAUGCUUGCCAGAUUCCAUAUAUAUAUAUAGACAUAGGGCAAUAAAUAAGAAAUACUUUUCAUCACAGUUUUGAAAAAUGACCCUCCUACACCCAACCACCACCACCACCACCCCAAAACACACGCACACACAAAAGAGGGGACAAUUUUCCUGGCAUUAGACGAGUGUCUCCCUAUCAUUUAAGUACAUAAAAUAUAUUAUGCAAAACACACUGAAAUAAUUGUUGUUUUAAGCCUGCUAUUUAUUAAAAGCCCAUAUAAUUAUUGUUAGGCUUAUAUUUGUGCUGAUAAUAAAUAUGUUGCUCAUGGAUAAGCUACUGUGCAUCUUUGAAGACAACGCUCCACUACUUCUGUCUAAUGCUCCUCACUCGAGAAGAAAGGUGUUGAAAGUAGCAGCCAACAAAUGUCCUUUCUGCCAGCACACAGCUAACGGUGGAAGUCGGACACAGGCAAACCAUGCAGGACUGUUUCAUGCAUUUCACAGACUAAGUCAUGCUUCGCUUUCAUCGUUUUGCUUUGUUUCCUCUACCCACUACCUAAAAUUACUACUUUGACAAGAGCAGGCAACUGUAAACAUGGUUAAGAACUUCUGUUUGAUUUAAAUCACUCUUUCUCCAUGUUAAGGAAGCUGAAAUCGUGAAGCUCGUAGAAGACACCCACAAUGAAAGAAUGCUACAAACCACGCCAUGCACAUAAGCGAACCCCUCCCUUGCAAUUUUCGACUUUCACUCUGCAAGGCAUUUGAGCUGUUUGACACAGACUCUCGGGGGCAGAUCAGUGCUGCAGAUGCUGGAACAGCCAUUAGAGCCCUUGGUCACGUGAUCACAGACAAUGAACUGAGGAGUUUGUUAAACCGAGCUGGAAUUGAUCCAGUCCGCGGGCACGUGGACCUGACACGAUUUCGUCAACUGGUCCAGCCCCUACAGGGCCGUAGCUACGGCAAGCAAGUGGAAGAUGCGUUCAAAACCAUUGACAAGGAAGGCAGUGGCUUCAUCAUGGUCACUGAGCUGCGCCACCUGCUGACCAACAUGGGUGACAGGAUCGCAGACGAAGACUUCAACCUACUCUUGCAAGAACUGGAGGUGGACAGCAAUGGUCGUGUGUGUGGCAAAGACAUUGUUCGUCUGCUGUCCAGAUGAUCUGGAGGUUGGAGAAGCCUUGGUGCCUGUGACAAUUACAGGAAGCUUGUACUUACAGGCUGAACAGACAUAGACGAGACAGACAAAUAAUUAAAGUACGAACUUACAGACACAGAUUGCUGAAAAUUCUUCAUUGUUCAGUCAUACACUUCACUUUUUUGUGUGAUCCAAGAAAUCUACUUUAGGAACAUUCUCAAAGUUUAUUUAUUUACAGCUGCUGUCUUGUCUCACUGCUAACACCCAUAAAUGACAUUUCUCUUAAUCUGGGCAUAUGGUCAGUUAUUCCCCUUUAGCAUUCUUGUUAAUGGGUUAUGGUUGUGGUCUAACACCAUACGCCAGAAUAUUAUCAUCUAAUAUUAUUAUCUAACUCUAAAGCAUGUUAACCCCAGCUUUUACCCCAGCAAAUGAUAUACAUUAGCUCCAAACAUUAAAGUUACCAGGACUCGUGACUACGACUAAGAAAAGUGUAUAGCCACUUUCCUCUUUCCCUCCAAAGGCCAUGUAUUGAGAUAAUAUUGCAUAUUAUGUGCCAACAUUAACAACAAAUGAUGCCACUGUACUUUGGUCAGCACUGCAUGCCAUGUUGCAACAUUUACAACAAACAGUACCCCAUGCCAUGUUGCAAUAUUUAUAAGUGAUAGUGCAUUCCAUGUUGGCAACAAGUGAUACCACUGUAAACAUUAAACAGCAGUUGAGCAUGAUUAUGGAUGAAAGUAAUAGCAACUUGUCCUGCGAAUCUUACAGUAGACUUUUUAAACACGAAAUAAUGAAUGUAGCGUUUGGAUUUACCUUUUUCCAGAAAUUCUAGUGGCUUUAACACUGACCAGUGAGUACAAAAAUAUGUACAGAUUAAACACUUGCCCUUUUCCAAUUAGUAGAACAAUCGAAAGCAGUAUUUUAAACAGAUAAAACCUUUUAGCACAGACAGAUGUGUGUGUCAAAUGUUUAGUGAGAUAAUCUCAUGUUCACUAACAUUUACUGUUUGUUAUAGUGGCUGGCAAAAAUGUCUGAAAUGCAUCUAAAGCAAUCACUUAAUCUAUUCAGGCAUAUAGUCCAAGACGUGCGCUAAUUUUGCCUCCUCAAUUUUUUACCCAAAUAAAUGAUAGAUUUUAAACUGUGAGAUUUUGCCAGUCCUACACUUCUGUUAAAACAUCACUUGUCAGGUGUUUCUGUAUGUAGGGAUCAGAUGAAAGCGCCACAUCAAGACAGUCAUUUAAAUUAUCAUUCUGUGCCUUUAGUAUUCAGUUUAAUAAUAUGAUUGUUUAAGUCAUUAUGACUAGUCCACAGCAGCAUUAUACCACAAGUUCAUGUACUGAGCUCACAGUUUGUUGAUGCCUCUGGGUGUAGGUGUGGUGUUAUGUAUGAACACCUCAGUCCUGGCUAACUUGGGGGUGUACAUGGCAUUUUAACCUUAACCUUUUAACCCUUUUAAGUGACAGCUGGCUUUUUGUGAUUUAAUUUCUUUCAUCGCUUUUGUUGAUCUCACAUCAGUUGCAGAUUUGAUGGAACUAUAGCUGCUUAAUGACUUUACUGGGCUAUGCAAGGAUCUAUGUGAACAUAUCAUGAAAUUUUCUUAAAGACAUAUCAAAUAUUGCUCAGUGCAGAGCACCGUGUGUACGUAGCAUCUAUUGUCUAUAUUUUGUAAUGUGCAUUCUUUAGAUGCACUUCUAGAACUUGGUUUAUAUCACCUGUCUUCUCUGUGUACUUUGAUUUACAUGAAAUCAGGAAAAAGCUUUUGCUUUUAAAUGCAGAUAAAUUAAAUAUUAUAUCUGUUGUCA